AUGGCUGCUGCCCCUGAAGUGCACCAUCUCUUCCACCACCCAAUUACCGACCACUCUUUCUCCGCUGAUAAGCAGACACUGGCUGUAGCCAAAGAUAAUGUCGUGGACCUAUACCAGAAAUCAGGUCCCAAAUAUACCCUGAGCGAUGAGCUCAAAGGCCACGAUAAAACUGUGACAGGAGUGGAUAUUGCCCCUAGAAGUGGCAAAAUUGUGACUUGCUCCCAGGAUAUUUAUUUUCAAGAUCGCAAUGCGUACGUUUGGGAACGCACUCCUGCCGGAUGGAAACCAACACUUGUGCUUCUCCGUAUUAACCGUGCCGCAACAUUUGUUCGCUGGUCGCCCUCCGAGCAGAAGUUCGCUGUGGGCUCUGGUGCGCGCGCGAUCGCCGUCUGUUACUUUGAGGAGGAGAACGAUUGGUGGAUCUCCAAACACUUAAAGAAGCCCAUUAGAAGUACCAUCACAACUCUGGCCUGGCAUCCCAACUCAGUACUACUUGCUGCCGGGUCUACGGAUUCACACGCAAGAGUGUUUUCCAGCUUCAUCAAAGGCAUCGAAGAGCGCCCAGAACCGAGCGCCUGGGGAGAGCGACUACCAUUCAAUACUGUUUGCGGUGAAUUUCUAAAUGAUUCUGCUGGAUGGAUUCACGGAUGUGCCUUUUCGCCCAGUGGUAAUUCUUUAGCGUUCACUGCCCAUGAUAGUAGUGUCACUAUCGUCUAUCCGAAUGCACCAGACCAGCCUCCCAGGGCAAUGUUGAAUAUCAGCACUAGGUUACUGCCAUUUAUGAGUUUGAUAUGGAAUGGAGAGAAUGAGCUUAUUGCUGCUGGACAUGACUCCGAGGCAUACCGCCUUAGUGGGGAUGAAUCUGGUUGGCAAUUGCUGGGACCAGUGGAUGCAAAAGCACGGGCGGGGGCUGACAGCGUCCGUGAAGAGAGUGCUCUAAACAAAUUCCGCCAAAUGGAUAUCAAAGGAAGUACGAAGAAUGACACUCAACUCCAGACUGUACAUCAAAAUACGAUCAGCACUGUUAGAGUCUAUGAAGAAACUGGAGGCAAAGUUCGCAAAUUUAGCACAAGCGGCGUGGACGGCAGAAUCGUUGUAUGGAGCGUGUGA